GAACCCAGCGGCCCAAGAAGCCCUGCUGUGUUCGGUGCCAUCAUCUCCUACGUUGAAGAAUUUUUUUCAACCGUUGGGAUUUCUCUGACAAAUCAACAGCAGCAGUGUGUUUCAGGAGACGGCAGCUCGGCUGCGCUGCGCAGCGUGGUGGAGGAGCUGGUGCGCUUCCGGCUGAAGGUCCGGCAGUACGCGCUGGCCACGCCUGAGGCCAGCGGGGAGGCCCGGCGACAGCAGCUCCAGGAACGGCGGCCCCUGCUGCAGGCCUGCGAUGAGCUGCGCCGGGACCUGGCUGCCCACGGCAUCAGCAUUAAGGACAGAAGCAGCACGGCAUCCACGUGGGAGCUGCUGGAGCCCAGGACAAAGCCGCAGCGGCCGGGGGCUGAGCCGCAGCAAUAAACGCACCACUACUGUU